AUGAUCCGACGCACCUUCUCCCGUAUUACUCGCAUUGACUUCCAAAUACUCAUUGAGGCCUACGUCAGGCCGCUCCUGGAGUACGCCAGCCAAGUUGUCUACUCAGGACGUACGAAAGACGUCACCCUCAUUGAGCGUGUCCAGCAGGCCGCCACGAGAAUGGUUGCGGGCCUCAAAUCCGUGGACUUCGAAAUGCGUCUCGCGAUGCUUGAUAUCUUUCCCCUGGAGUACCGUGGACGACAGCCGCUGACCGACAAGAACAAAACCGACCCGGAAAACUUGGGCAAAAGCCUCGAUCCUGUGUAUCAAUCUUGGUCGCAGAUGCAGCGGAAAUCGAAGAAGAAAAAACAUCACCCCAAGAUGACACGCGUAGAGAAAAAUGUCGUAAAUCUUGAGGAAGGUGAAAUAUCCAGCGACGAACUGGACGACGAUGAGGACGAUGGUCUCGACGAAAACCUAAUUGGGGGUGAGGAUGAUAAACGGAAGCUGGAAAAAAUGAGUGAGAAAGAGCGGGAGGAAGAACUUUUCAGAAGAGCAGAACGACGGGAUGCUAUUCAGGUAGAACACGUGAUAACGGCACGUCGCGCAGUUAAACAAAAGCUGAAAGAAAGGCGAGACAGGGAGCGUGCCGAGAAGGCAUCUAAUUCAACCGCUGUGGAUAGCCAGAAACAAAAGCGGCAGUCUGCGUACGCCAACGUCUUUAGUUCGGAUAGUGAUGAGGGUGAGAACACUGAUUCCAGUGGUGCUGGCCCUCGUGGUCUUCGUCAAAGAAAAUUAGCUCUGGAGAAGAAAAAGGAAGCACACAGUCACAAGUUCAACGAGCUGAUUGAACGUCGACGUCAGCAAGCUGCCAAGAAGCGUCGUAUUCAGUCCGGAUCGGAGGACGAAACUGCUGCGCGAGCUACUACGACCAAGCGGUCAAGCGCUGCAAGCAGCUCCUCUGAAUCAGAGACAGAUGAAAAAGCGAGGAAGUCCAGGGACUCUGGGGGAAAGCAUGGUGCUACCUCAAUGUCUCAACGGAUUUUCUCUGACGAAUCAGACUCCACGGAUUCCAGCCGUCCAGGCGCCCGACCUCAAGCACGACGUGCCAGUCUCUCCAGUUCUUCUGGAUCCCAACAGUCCGGUUCUUCCAGUGAAGAUGACGCACGUGGUCGUAGCCGUUCUCCCGAGGAAUCACUGGUCUCUUCCGUCGAACAACUGUCCAGAAUCCGAUUGUCCCGUUUCAAACUGGAGAAAUGGGUCCACAUGCCCUUCUUUGACUCAUUGGUCAAAGGCUGUUUUGUUCGGAUCAAUAUUGGAUUAAACCAAGGCGUGGCCGUUUACCGGUGCGCGGAAAUUGUGGACAUCAUAGAGACACCGAAAAUCUAUGACCUUGGGGAAACCCGCACCAACAAGGGAAUGGUUGUACGUGUUGGCAAAGAUCAGGGCACUUUUCGGCUGGCAUUUGUAUCUAACUCCGAUUUUCUCCCGGCCGAAUUCGAGAGCUGGUUGCGACGGAUAUCCGAUGCCAAUAUGAAACCGCCAACACUGGCUUUUGUCAGCGAGAAAGCGGCCCAAAUCCAGGAUGCUAUCAACAAACCGAUCAAGGAUGAACACUUGGUGGAGCAGAUCAUCCAAUCAAAGAAGCGAUUCCAACGAGCUCCCACCAACUUUGCACUGCGCAAGGCCGAGCUACUCAAACAGCGUGAACAAGCUGAGGUCGAAGGUGACACACUGGCUAUCCAGCGUAUUGACGCCGAGUUGGAAGACAUCGAAACCCAGGCCGAACGUAUCGAUCGACGAAGAACCAUGGGUUUCAAAUCCAUCACUUCCAUUAAUCAACGCAAUCGGAUUUUGAGCGUACAACAAGCGGAAGAAGCGAUUCGCAGAGAAAGUCGCGAGGCUCAGAAAUCGAAGGAAGAGGAUCCCUUCACUCGAGUUCACUCCCAACCUGUGAUUGUUACGAAGAAAUAUCUGGAACAGCUGCGACACAAGCGAAUAAACAAAGAUGCCCAAGGUGACAGCCAAGUUAGCUUGGAUAGUACGGCCAACAAUGGUUCCAACCCCGGCUUUCCAAACUCCGCCUCGACCAACAUGUUACUCACUCCGACCGCGCGUAUUCCCUCCACACCCGGCCAAGUCGGUGGAACACCAUUUCCAAACACUGCGGAACGAGUGAAGUGGACCAUCGAGGACGAGCCGAUCAGCUUGUCCACACCGCAAGAUUCACUUCACGCAAUCCACAACUUUGAAAUCCACAUUGACCUGGACUUGGAUGGUGCCGGGGACCAACCGUCAUUCAACGACUCGAGAACCACUCCGUCCAAACCGAAAGGCUUGGAUCAUGACGCACAGUCGUUUGGUGGUGGUGGUGGUGGUGCGGUGAACGAUACACGGGACUCGCGUAACGGUAUCUCCACUCCAACCCUCCCCAGUGGCCCAGGAACCGGCUCUGCUCGUCGGCUUCUCAACUUGCAAGAGUAUAAGAAGCGGCUGGGACUCAUCUGACCGAAGUUUAUGCACAGUUCAGAUUGAGUUCUCACAGCGGUAGCUGCUUCAUCACCUUGGCCGUUUGUGCCUGCGUUCGCGCGUGCCUAUCCUUACAGACGACCUCAUCACUUUCGCCACUCGGCAACCCGUUGUAACGGUUUGUACAUAAUUUGUUAUUUCAUCUCCCUCCCUCAUCCAAAUCCCGUUUGAAAUUGCUGUAAAUAGAAGACAAACAGAUGACCCUAUGCUCCUGUGCCCACCCCGGGUUUUCCGCAUGCGAUCAGCCAUUGUGUUUUCGCAAUUCAACUUUCACCGAAGGGUGGUCGUCACUCUCUCGGUGUUUGGCGCUGCUGCUCGGGUUCAAUGUUUUCCUGGACUCUAUUCAGCCAUCACUUACUUCAGUCAAAAUUUGUACUUUGUCACGUGAAUUCACUAUGGAAAACAAACGAUUUGAUCCUUCUGUGGUUGCUUCGGUCGACAAUGGGAUAUGGUUUCCAAGUUUUUGACAGGAACGUAAAUGC